AUGGCCGACGACGACCCCCAUCUCUCCCUCUCCACACCCAACACCGACUCCCUCGGCUCCUCAACCUCCCACUUCUACCCCUUCGCAACAUCCCCGGAUAUCAUCCGUUCCCACGAAAAAGAUGCCUUCUGCACGGGUGGUCUCGUUCAACAAGCCCAAUCAAUCGUGCGCGCCCUUCGCGGAGCCCGCUACGCUCAUGCACACUCGAACUCCAUCAAACACAUAACUGAACUCAUCUACUUCACCCUGACAACCGCCAUUGGCAACCGCACCCUUGGCGAAGAAUACUGCGACCUCGUCCAACUAGAAGAUGACACCCUCCGCCUACCAGCCAUAACCCGACGAGUCGGCUACAUCCUCAGCACGAUCCUAGUUCCAUGGACCUUACAACGAGCCCUACCAUCCUUUCGCCAACGCAUCCGCGCUAAACUAGAACGCAGCAUCGCAAAGCAGCAAUUCCGCGCCGCACAACAAGCAACCCUCCUAAACAAACCAACCCUCUCCACCCCCGAUGCUCCCAAAUCAUCAUCAGCAUCGCCCUCGUCUUCGUCUUCGCCCGCCCGCCGCUUCUUCACAAAGCUACGUCUCCAGCAAUAUAUCCUCGAACAUCUCGACUCCCUCACAUCCGUCUCCCCAAUAUACGCCCUCAGCAUAAUCACCUUCUACUUCACAGGCAGCUACUACCAUCUCGCAAAGCGCAUCUGGCGUCUGCGCUACGUCUUCACGAAGAAAAUCGACCCAAACGAGCAGCGCGUCGGCUACGAAGUCCUCGGCGUCUUGAUGGUCCUCCAAAUUGCUGUCCAGGGGUUCCUGCACGUUCGCAAGAUCAGUGCCUCCGUUACCGAGGACGACCCGGCCCUCGCUGCGGGCGAUGGGAAUCGUUCUGAAGGCAGUGGUCUGAUUACUUCCAUCCAGCAUCCUGCCGCGGUUCCAUUGCUACCUGCUUCGGCUGCUAGAUAUGACCUGGAAGAGGAGCCUGGUGCGGUGUCUUGGAUUCCGGAGGGCCAGCAGCGGAAGUGUACGCUUUGUUUGGAGGUUUUUAAGGAUCCUAGCGUUACGACUUGUGGGCAUGUUUUCUGUUGGACUUGUGUGAGGGACUGGGUGAGGGAGAAGCCUGAGUGUCCGCUUUGUCGGCAGGAGGUUCUUUUGGCUAAGGUUUUGCCGUUGAGGGGGUAG